AUGCCUCUGGCUCGAUCGCUGUCCAUGACUUCUCUGAACGGGCUUCCUCAGUGGGAGGACGAAGACCUGCCGGUGGAGGAUUUGUUGCUCUUUGAAAUUUCUUGGGAAGUUACCAACAAAGUGGGAGGCAUUUACACUGUGAUCCAGACAAAAGCCAAAACGACAGCAGAUGAAUGGGGUGAAAACUAUUUUCUGGUUGGUCCCUAUUUUGAGCACAAUGUGAAGACUCAGGUGGAAGCUUGUGAACCUCCAAACCCUGCAAUUAAGAAGGCCAUGGAUACCAUGAAAAGCCAGGGGUGUCAGGUCUUUUUUGGAAGAUGGCUGAUAGAGGGCAGCCCAUAUGUCUUACUGUUUGAUAUAGGAUCAGCAGCUUGGAAUUUGGACAAGUGGAAAGGUGAAUUUUGGGAUGUCAGCAACAUAGGGAUCCCUUUUCAUGACCGAGAAGCCAACGAUGCCGUGAUUUUUGGAUCAUUAACAGCCUGGUUUUUAAAAGAGCUUACCUGUCAGUUUGAUGACAAGCCUAACAUAAUUGCCCAUUUCCAUGAGUGGCAGGCAGGAGUGGGUUUAAUACUGUCUCGAUCUCAGAAACUUCCUGUCGCCACAAUUUUUACUACCCAUGCGACUCUACUUGGGAGAUACCUGUGUGCAGCCAGUAUAGAUUUUUACAACAAUCUCGACCAGUUUGACAUUGACAAGGAAGCAGGAGAGAGACAGAUUUACCAUCGGUACUGUAUGGAACGGGCAUCUGUACAUUGUGCCCAUGUGUUCACCACAGUCUCACAGAUAACAGCUACAGAAGCAGAACAUAUGCUUAAAAGAAAUCCUGAUGUUGUCACCCCAAAUGGCUUGAACAUUAAGAAAUUUUCAGCAAUGCAUGAGUUUCAGAAUUUGCAUUCCAUGUACAAGGCUAGGAUCCAAGAGUUCAUUCGAGGUCAUUUCUAUGGCCACCUUGACUUCAGUCUUGAGAAGACCUUAUUUUUCUUCAUUGCUGGGAGAUACGAGUUUUCCAAUAAAGGAGCUGAUAUGUUCCUAGAAGCCUUAUCAAGAUUAAAUUUUUUGCUGAGG